AUGGAAACGUUCGAGAUUGAGUACGACAAUCCGACUCGAGUCUAUGCGCCAGGAGAGCGAGUCACUGGAAAAGUGAUAAUUCGCAACUCGCACUCGCUCAACGCCCUUUCGCUCAAAGUUUGUAUACAUGGAGAGGCUCACAACUUUUGGCGAAAGUUUGAGAAUAAGGGAAAGUUGUGAGUUUUUGAAUGAGUAUUGUAGCGUCAGGAGAUGGCCUAUGAGUCUGAAAAUUAAUGUGCAUAAUCCUCGACAUCCUGUACUUUGCUUUUGUAGUUGACAUUUUUUCAGUACGACCCCUCUCUGGAGUACUGUACCUCUUAAAAGUUGGAACACCCGUUCACUGCACUAAAGUUGUCCCAACUUCCAAGCGCUACAGUACCCCAGGGAGUAGUCGUACAAAAGUACAGUACUAGACGCCAAGAUACCGUACAACAAUUUUUGGAUCCCUGGAACGUCUUCAAAAUGUGCUCAACUGUAAAAACGAUCAGUUUUCAGUGACAAAAACGGACGUUGGUACACUUUUUCGGAGCACAUCAACUAUGAUUCCAGGAUUAUGUACUUGAACGGCGUCGCCAAGCCUUGGAGUUCAUUGGAUGGAACUGUAGGUGGCCUCUGAAGGCUCGGAAACUAGUCCAUCCACUCUUUCGUAAAGUUAGGCCACACAAGUAGUACCAUUCAUGCGACGAGUGACUGUGGCGACGCAGCCUGAGUGUCUGCGUCUCUCGUAUCGCAUGAACAUGGCUAAAACUGUAUUCUAAACGGUAUUCCACGUUUUAUAACAUGGCCUAGCUUUCUCUAGGCCACAAAAAUGCUUUUUUGCAGAACAAGAUCCCGUGCGGCGUGAACAUUUUCCCGUUCGUCUUCCAACUUCCCCUCAACUGUCCGCCGUCUUUCGAAGGCUCUCACGGCUCGAUCCGCUACUCUGUCCACGUGGAACUCGACCGCCCGUGGCGCUUCAACGCCGACACCAAAAAAGUGUUCUCAGGUUUGGUGCUCAAGGGUUACGGUAUUCAUUGAUUGUUACAGUAAUCCCAUGCACCGACCUGAACACCAUCCCUAAAGCCGUCAAUCCGAUGAUCGCGCAUGCGUGCAAACAUUCCGGGUUUUUGGGGAACAGGGAGGUUAAGAUGAAGGUUAGCAACUACAGUAAUCCUUUUAUUAACCUAUAGUACCCUUCCAUUUCAGGUCAACAUUCCUAAACGAGGUUUCAUCGCCGGAGAACUCAUCCCAAUCCACAUUCAAAUCACGAAUCACUCCAAAAAGCCCAUCAACGAAGCGAAGGCCCAGCUCAUCCAACACGUGCACUACUCGGCUCAAAGAGCCCAUUCGCAUCUGUUCCCGCAAGAGCACUGCGAAAAGCAUUGCGAGCACAAGACCGCCCGAACCGUGAUGGCCGAGAUCGAAAAGAGCGUUCGCGUGGAGUGUUGUACUGACGUCCGCGUGGAUCUUGUGCUCGUCGUGCCACAACCAUUGACGCCUUCGUUCCACAUUCCGAUUCUAGACGUCGAUUAUGUGGUUUCGGUGGAAAUGGGCGAGAAAUUGAAGUGCGAAUUCCCACUGAUUAUUGGCUCUGUGCCGGUCAGCCAGAUGGUCUCGAUAGUUCCACCGCCAGCCUUUGUGGGCAGCUCAAGGGAUCCGGAAAAGGUAAAAACCUGUAUUUUUGUAGUUGUUCCAUGACCACUCCCUGGCGUACUGUAGCUCUUGGAAGUUAGGACGACUUGGGGUGGCCUAGCUUUCAAGAGCUACAGUAUUCUUAGGAGUUGAAUACACUACUACGUGCCAAGAUACUGUAAAAACAAUUGCAGAGUCAUCUCGGCCAACUCCUAACACUACCGUACUCUCUUUUCAGAUGA